GAGGCCCCGCCCAGACAGUCGAGCGCUAUCAGGGCCGGACUGACGAUCACGCCGCGCAGCAGAAGGACCGGCGGGACCAGCAGCAGCACCAGGACCAGCCGCGCCAGCAGCAGCCGGAGGAGGAGACGAAAGGCUUCCCCCGACCGACAAACGAGCUCUUCGAAAAUUCCGACAGGAAGCAAUAUCGUUCCAAUGGGUCAACUGAUAAUCAUCUUUGUUUUCCCUCUACAACCUGAUGGUCUCGGGCAAGGAGGGAUUGCCGUCACGAGUGAUAACAUACAAUGAGUGACAAACAGAGCUGACGGAAAGAAAAAAGACCGUGCCCAUGAACGUGGACGCCAUGAGCAUGCGGCUCCGCGCCGAGGAGCGCGAGGAGAUCCUGGACGAGAUGUCGGUGCCGCUGGCCAUGCCGAGGAAGCUCAGCCACAACACCUCCGACACGACGGACGACGGGUCGCGGGUGAUCGGCGAGAAGGUGCUGGCGCGCGGCGACUGGCUGGAGUUGUCGCAGCGCACCUACGUGGACCCCGACGGCGCGAGCCGCGUGUGGGAGGGCUGCUCGCGGCUCAACAGGACGCCGGGCUCGCGCAUCGACAACGUCAUGGUCAUCGCCUGGUACCGGCGGAUGCUGCACUACGACUGCGUCGUGCUCGUCAAGCAGUUCCGACCGUGGAGGUCAACGGCGACGAGCCGGGCAACAACUUCAUCAACGCGCGCGCGGCCGGCGAGCGCCACAAGGUGCCCAUCCUCGUGCCCGUGUCCGAGCUGCUCGAGAAGCUGAGAGCGUUCGCCCAGGCCGGUUUCAUCAUCGACUCCCGCAUCGACGCUUUCGCCAUUGGCCUAGUCAUGGGCAACUCCGGUCGAAAGAUCGACCUUAACUACACUACCAGCAUGCCCGCUGCUGCACCUCAGAACUGUCGGCGCCGGUGUUAACCUUUCACCGACACCGGUGACGACGGUGGAAAGUUUGGGGAUCAAGCUGAGUUAAGCGUUGGCAGACAAUGUCAAACACUAGAUGUCAGUUUGUAUGUAUGUAUGUUUGAAUGUGUGUGAAUGUGUGUGUGUCUGCGUCCGUGCGUGGAGAACAAAUAAAGAGAGUUGUGGUACAGUAUCUUAAGUGAGAGAAUGCACAGCCUGUCUCAAAACAAUGUACAUAUUCCCUUAGGUCUUAAAUAAAUGUGUAGCUAGACUCUUGAAAAACGUGUAUGUACAAAUCCUCAGAUGAAUCUACGAGGCAAUUUAAAUUGUUAGCUAAGUUUGUAAAAUAAUUCAAUUGAUAAUAAAACUACAAAGUAUUCUCUA